CAUUGUCAGUUUGAGUGAAGAGCGGUGGAGCCAACCCCCCGAAAUUGGCGCCGAAUCGCGAGGUGCGAGGCACAAAAAUCAUGCGGAAGCCUCGAACCGACCAAACGGGGUGUCGAUUCUCAUCGGGCUGCGUUGUGGGUAACCUACGGGUUAUGAGAUCGCGAUGCUGAUCUAAUGCCGAUUGAUGGGACGAGGCGCGGUUAACUCUCGAUCAAUUAUACCGAGUUUGUUGAAUCGAGAAUCGAGGAUGGGUGUACGUGGGUAGGAAGGAAAUUGUUUCGACCCUGACCAGAGGAGAAGACACUGGUCGAUUACGCAACGCGAUAAACGGUACAAUAUACGCCGGUGUAAUUAAUCGGUCCCAAUUAGCGAUGGAUUCCCGAAACUCGAGAACGAGACAACAGCCGCUGAGGGGAUGUAAAAAGUUCGGUCCCACCCACGCAGCGGCGGAACAUCUCGAUAUGGACUCCGGGCUGUUACGAGGCGAAUUGGCACUGCUUUUUGCGACGGUGAUCCAGGGCGUAUAAAUUGAAGACGACGGGCGUGAUCUUCGGCAGGGAAAGACGAGACGCGCUCGGUCUAGCACGACGACGACAACGAGCCUGCAAAUCGUCCUCCUAAACGCACCUGGUGGGGCUCGCCGAUCAAAGUAUAAGAAGAUGUCGCAGCCGGAACAGAACAACAGUAUGCCGUACGAGCGUGAGAUGUCGACCUCGAAGAGCAGCUCGCUGUUGCGCCUGAAUCAGGAGGCCCGCGAAUGGCCGGACCACGAAACGGACUCGGAGAUAAGCGAGAACGAGUUCAUAACCAAGGGCGCUUUCCUCCUGACGCCGAGCCACGAGCUCAGCAUGGACAAGGCAGUGACCAUCUGCGAGAAGAUGAACUUUCGUGGCGCCUUUUCCCUGACCAAAACGGCGACUGGUAUACUGUUCAAGUUCAGCAGCAUCGACGACUUCCAAGCGGUCUUCAAAAAGGGAUUCCACAAGGUGACCGGCGCCAGGUUCUACAAGAAGCUUCCAAACGAACGUACGAAGGUGGCGAUACCCUGUCGACCGGCCAAGAUAUUCACCGUCUACGUUCUCGAUGUGCCGGAAGAAGUACCGGAGGACGACAUAAGGCACGCGCUCUACAAGUAUCGCUCGAUCGUCGAGGUUACCAGACUGCCGUUGAACACCGGAAACGUUCUCAAGGCCAUAAACGACAAGAUCAAAAGCGAGACCCAGAACUCGAACGAGGCCCCGACCAUCUACACGGGUCCUCCGGUGAUCCGAGUCACCCUGGCCAACGUCGAUGAAACCUCGAUGCUGCUGAGCCGCGGUCUCGAUUUUUACGGUGCGACCUACUUCCCCACGGAAACUCCUCAUCCGGCCUCUCAGCCCUUCGCAAAAUUCAGGAACAACAGAUGGGCCGACGUCGCCUCACCGGGUACCGGUCAGCGAGUUCGAGACCUACUUCCGGUGUUCGACAACGCGGGUUUCAACAAAUUACCACCGCCAACAAGCCGUACGAUCAAACCGCCGAGGAACUAAACGAUCGGAAGUUGCCAAAAAUUGAAAGAGAACGGAUAUCAAGGAAAUAGAGAUGAAACAUAGAAACUUUACGAAGAGAGUGAUGGAUAAACGAAGAGGGGCAUAGAACAAAUCUUUGAGGUGGAUGGAACUUGAUCUACUUUGUCAGUCGCAAUCCCGAUGACAGCCCAGUUUUCGUCGUUGAACUUCGUCGUCCCACCGAGCUGUGACUGGAAAACGAUUGAUGACGCUGUAAGGGCUCGUGUUUUAUUACACAUGCAUACCGGAGAACUUUGAACAUCACCCGCGGUUAUAUAUUUUCUCUCUGUUCUUUUCGCAAUGGUGUUGCUUUCUCACCCUAUUUUUUAAAUUGUUUUGUUCGUUUUUUACUUGUUUUCUCAUCGGAUCUCGUUAACAUUCACUAGUUUAAAGAAACACACGCGCGAAUUUGGAAAGAAAACGAAAUGCAAAAAAAAAAACGAACAAUUAAAACGCAAAGUUGAUGCUAACGACAAAGCUGAGGAUUCGUUUGAUCAUUAUAAUAAUAUGACGAUAUAACAGCGAGGAUAACGAUAAUCCUACCAUUAAUAAUAAUAAUAAUAAUAAUAAUAACAACACCGAUAACAGUCAUCGCGAACGGAUUCACAAUAAUCGAAUAAUCGAAUAAUGAUUCUAAUUCUGAUACUUCGAUCGUUUUUCGAAUUCUGCGUAUGUAUAUUUAAACGUCGUUAUAACUUUUUGUUUUCAAACUUCUAUCCGCAUUUGAUAUAUUUUUUGUUCCACAUAAUCAUUCCUGAAAUAUUUUUCUAAUAUAACAGAAUUUUUACCGACGCACACAAGAUGCGGAAAUAAGAAAAAUGAAUAUCAUGUGAAAUAGACAAGCGAUGCAAUGUACGCUAUACCGUUCAAACUGUUCCUAUAUGUAUACACCGUGUAACAUAAAUAUUACUACCUAUAUC